AUGCACGAACACACCUGCAUAUAUGCAGGCACCGGCCUGGAGCUGCCGGCGCACUUCUCCCCGAUCUUCGUCAUCUUCGCGGUGAUCGCCGGGGUCGUCGGCGCGGCCGCGGCCCUCGCGGGGUUCCACCACGUCCGGGCGUGGAGCCCAGAGAGCCUGCCGGCGGCGGCCUCCUCCGGGUUCAUGGCCUGGACGCUCACCCUGCUCGCCAUGGUAUUGGCGGUUAAGGAGAUUGAAUUGCACGGCAGGAAUGCCAGACUGAUCUGCAUGGAGUCCUUCACCAUCACACUCUCGGCGACGCAGCUCUUCUACCUGCUCGCCAUACACGGGGGGAGGUGA